CAUAACCACCACCCACCACCACCACCACCACUCCUCUUCACUCUCAGUUUCUUUCUUUAACCCCUCCUCUUCAGAUCAAACCACUCCCCCUUCCUCACAGAUCGCACAGUGACCUCUCUCUCCUCUUCCUACAGCUUCUUCUUCCUCUGCACAGUUGCAGUAUUCCCCCGCCAUAGCCAUUGAGCUCCGGAGAGAGAGAGAGACAGAGAGACAGAGCAAAGCCUGCCGCCAUUAAUGCCCUCCCGUCCCCGAAGCGCGAGCCCCCAGCUCUCUUCACGGGACGACGCUGCUGCUGCUGCUGCUGCUGCCCCCCUUCUUCAUUGAAUAACCUUCCCCCUUAAACUCCAGCUAAAUACACUGACCGUAGCCCACAGGCAGCGACACAGCGGGAGGAGCAGAAUGGAGCUGAGCAAGGUCACCCUGGAGAUCUUCACCAAGCUCGAGCAGAAGUGGCUCUCCCACUGCGAGCCCGCCAAGCGCACCCGCCUCCUCUGCAUCGACGGCGGCGGCGGCCCCGAAUCCUGCAUUGUCGCCGGCGCCGCCCUCGUCCGCCUCGAGGACCAGAUCCGCCUCCGCACCGGCGACCCCCACUCCUCCGUCGCCGACUUCUUCGACGUCCUGGCCGGGACCGGCGUGGGGGGCGUCCUCGCCGCCAUGCUCGCGGCCGGGGACGGGUCCGGCCGCCCGAUGUACUCCGCGCGGGAGGCCGUCGAGGCGCUCGCGGUGCGGGGCCCCGAGAUGUUCCGGCCCUCGCGGCUCGGGGGGCUGUUCCGGCGAGACCGGCGGAGGUUCUCCGGGAAGAGCAUGGACAGGGCGCUGAAGGAGCUGUUCACGCGGGACGACGGCAAGCCCCUGACCUUGAAGGACGCGCGCAAGCCCCUGCUGAUCCCUUGCUUCGACCUCAACAGCUCCGCCCCGUUCGUGUUCUCGCGCGCCGACGCGACCGAGUCGCCGAGCUUCGACUUCGAGCUCUGGAAGGCCUGCCGGGCCACCUCGGCGACGCCGGGGCACUUCAAGCCGUUCCCGCUGUCCUCCGUGGACGGGAAGACCUCCUGCGCCGCCGUCGACGGCGGCCUGGUGAUGAACAACCCGACCGCCGCCGCCGUCACGCACGUGCUCCACAACAAGCGGGACUUCCCGUCGGUGAACGGCGUGGAGGACCUGCUGGUGCUGUCCCUGGGCAACGGGUCGGCCGGCGGGAAGGCCCGGCGCGACGGCGAGUGCUCGACGUCGGCCGUGGUGGGCAUCGCGCUGGACGGAGUGUCGGAGACGGUGGACCAGAUGUUGGGGAACGCCUUCUGUUGGAACCGAGCAGACUACGUCAGGAUUCAGGCGAGUGGGGUGGGGAGAGAGUGGCGGAGCGGCGAGGAGGAGGAGGUGCUGGCGGAGAGGGGGGUGGAGUCGCUGCCGUUCGGCGGGAAGCGGCUGCUGACGGAGACGAACGGGCAGCGCCUCGACGGCUUCGCGCACCGGCUCGUCGCCGCCUCCUCAGGGCGGAGUAGCGCGCCGCCGAGCCCCUGCAAGGACUCCCACCCCGCCGUUAGCCCCCUCGUUAGCGGCCGUUGACUAGCUGUGUCUUCAAUUUUCUUGCCUUAGUCUGCUAUUUUUUUUGUUUUUUGGGUUUCCCACUUUUGUUGUAACUUUGUGUAACGAGCUUCAGCUUAACAUGGCCUUUGCUUUUUCCGUGGCUUUUAGAUUAUUUAGAUGGAGCCAUUAGUCGCCCCGACAUGUCUCUCCAUGUUGUAUGUGCAAGAAUGAAAAAUGGAGUUUGUAGCUGCUUUUGGUA